CAGAAACCAGUUUACCCUUUGAUAAUCUUACUAUCAACCUGAAAUGGCGAGCUCAGAAUCAAGAGGCGCACAUAUCUUAGUAUUCCCAUAUCCAGCACAAGGUCAUAUGAUACCACUGUUAGAUCUCACUCAUCAACUUUCUCAUCAUCAUGCUGGUAUAACCAUCACCGUACUCAUCACCCCCAAAAAUCACCAUAUCCUUAAUCCUUUGCUCACCAAAAACCCUGCUAUAGAAACACUCAUCUUACCUUUUCCAGAUCAUCCACUAAUACCUACAGGCAUAGAAAAUGUUAAAGAUCUUCCAGCAGGUUCAUUUCUUGCUAUGAUGUGCGCUAUGCAUAAACUUUACGAUCCUAUAAUCGAAUGGUUCAAAUCUCACCCUUCACCACCUGUUGCCAUCAUCUCUGAUUUCUUCCUAGGUUGGACAUACCAUCUUGCUUGUGAGCUUGGUAUCCCUCGUAUUGUUUUCUCUCCUUCCGGGGCUUUGGCUUUAGCUGUGAUUGAUUCACUGUGGCGUCGCCUACCAAAGACUGAUGAUCCUGAUCUCUUGAUUUCUUUUCCUGAGAUUCCCAACUCCCCGAACUACCCAUGUCGGCAGAUCUCUCCUGUUUACAGAAGUUACAUUGAAGGAGACCCGGUUUCGGAAUUCCUUAAAGAUAGUAUGCGUUCAAAUCUUAAGAGUUGGGGAAUCGUCAUUAACACGUUUACUGAGUUGGAAUCGAGUUACUUGGAUUACAUGACUGAAGAGGGUCAUUAUGAUCGAGUUUGGGCUGUCGGACCGUUGCUUCCUUUUGGUUCUGAUGGGCCCGGGAAAGACAGAGGUGGGUCCGGUUUAGCGCCCGACGAUCUUGAUCUUUUCUCAUGGAUCGACACGUGUCCCGAUAAUUCGGUGGUGUAUAUCUGUUUUGGCAGCCAAGCGGUUCUCACAAACGAGCAAAUGGCAGGAUUGGCUGCUGGGUUAGAGUGCAGUGGGGUUCGCUUUUUAUGGUGCGUCAAAGAGCCUACGUUAGGACACGUAGGCGGUAAAUACGGUGUUAUCCCCCACGGAUUCGAAGAUCGGAUGGCCGGUAGAGGAAAGGUGAUCAGGGGAUGGGCCCCACAGCUGCUGAUACUAAAUCAUCGAGCUGUUGGGUCGUUUAUGACUCAUUGCGGGUGGAACUCGGUUCCAGAAGGACUCAAUGCAGGUGUGGUGAUGUUAACAUGGCCGAUGGGUGCUGACCAAUUUUCUAAUGCGACACUAUUGGUUGAUCAGUUGAAAGUUGCGAUCAGAGUUUGUGAAGGGUACGGAACGGUUCCUGACUCAGUUGAACUGGGUCGGCUAGUGUUUGAUUCAAUUAGUAAGAAUCGAACUGAGAGGGUUCGAGCUAUAGAGCUAAGCAAGGCGAGCACUGAUGCAGUUAAAGAAGGGGGAAGUUCAUUCAAAGACUUGGACAGACUGGUCAAAGAUUUGUGUGGGUUUAGCGUGAAUUGAUACUUCAAAUAUAGUGUGAUAAAUGAACCGUAAGAACUAAGACGUGAAUCCUGAAAACAUGAUGCAAUGUUCGACUAGGCAUGCUUAUCUAUCCGGUGUAUUAUAGUGAAAUGCAGUACGUUUUAUUUUGAAUAGAUAUUGUGGUUAUUUUACUUUUGAGUGUUCAAUUUUUCAAGAGUAACAUUUUCAUUGUG